AUGCCUGCUAUACCAGUAUACACGGCCAGCCCCAUCAACGCUGCCGCCAAGCCGUCCGGCACAACGCCCCAGACGGCAGGCCAGCUGAAUGACCCGAGAUCAAGUCAUCAACGAGAGCGACGACAGCAACGACAGCCACAACCACAACCGGGGCCGCCAACUGCGACCACGUCAGCAAGCUCGCAGGAGCGAGACUACCAAUACCCCGUCCCCCAGCCUGCAGCGACAUCAGACGUGCCUGUACAGACCGGAGUGCCGCGACAGCCUCUCACCGGCGGCGACGGGCGACCAGGCCAGCCCACCCCAACCCAGAAGACAUCUCGGCAGCAUGGCAGAGACGACGGGCCCGCCGCUCCACAGGUCGGGGCGGUGCCUGUAGCGGCAUCACCCACGAGCAUGAGUACGAGGGCGAUGCCUCCUCCAAUGUCCCACCCAUGUCCCAUGACCAAUUACACCGCACCGGGUAGAUCUACGAGCAUUGCCGACAGCAAUGCUGGUGCUGGUGCUGGUCACCAUCAGCCGUCGUCGAUGACAGCGGCAACGACGGGCGAGGCUGCUGCUGGCGCUGGCGCUGGCGCGGUCGGCAGUAAUGCAAGACCCACCAAUGCUACCCUCCACGAGGCAGCUAGCUUCUCCCACCCGCCGGGUUAUCAUCAGGAUCCCUACGCCUCAUCAGCCCAGCAGAGAUUUCCUCCCGGCGCGCAUAAUAAUGCCGGCGGUCAAGGCAGCCUCCGUGGUGGCGAUUACGACGACGACGACGACGACAACAACAACGACAACAACAACAACAACAACAACAACAACAAUAGCGGCAGCAACCUCCCCUCAUACGAGCACAACGAGUACUACCUGUACAACAAUGACAACGACGACUCCAGUAUGUGGGGCCAGGCAAGGAAAUGGGCCGCGGCUGCAGGCAAUAGCCUUGCGGCUGCCGAGAACGAAGUGUGGAGGAGGAUCAACAAGGAUUAA